GAGGGAUGUCAUGUAGUACGACGAAGACAGCAUAUUUUCGCAAUUAGUUUGUUAUUUAUUUUAAAUAAGUAUUUUAAAUCAUUCUUCAGCCGAGUAGCUCUCAUCCCUGCCUAAGAAUGUAUAGGAGGUACAAUCACAUACAACCACAUUCAAAACGUGCACGAACCCUAUAUACAUCUCAACAGCAGCGACGCAUAACGACAUGAGUGAAAAACUGCUUCACCGAAGGUUCCCCCACCACUGAAAUUCAGCCUCGUUGGCUUCUGUGGCUUCGUUGGCUAAACCUGUACGUAGGAUCGUGGUUUGCUGUCAACGGUAGUUUUCGCUGUCUGGCAGGCAACCGGCGACCUGUCAUCCACGUUACUUGGAAGCUGCAUCCCGCCACAUCACGAUAUAACUUCCAGAAAAAUGCAAUACCUCCUACCAUUAUUUUUAUUAGUUUUAAUAAUACAAACAUCGGUCGCACCGCCUGUGAAGGAUCACAAGGACAAUGAAGUGGACGAUUCGGAGGAAAUGGCAAAGAUUAUGGAGUAUCACAGGUACUUAAAGGAAGUAAUCCAGACCCUGGAAAAGGACACAGCUUUCCGUGAGAAGUUGCAAAAGGCGACUGAAGGGGACAUACGUUCAGGUCAGAUAGCGCAUGAGCUGCGGUUCGUAGAUCCUAACGUUAGAUCGAAGCUGGAUGAAUUGAAACGAGAAGAAUUGGAGAGAUUGAGACACCUUGCCACCAAGGAGUAUAAUUUGAUGAAUAAUCUCGAUCUAGAUCACUUGAAGAUAGCGGAACAUUUGGAUCACUCCAACAAGCACACGUUCGAGAUAGAGGAUCUGAAGAAAUUAAUUAUCAAAACGAGAAAAGACUUGGAAGAAAAGGACGAGCAGAGGCACGAGGAAUUUAAGCAAUAUGAGAUGCAGAAGAAGUACGAGUCGGAGCAAAGGAUGAAGGGUAAUGACGGUAUGGACGAGGAAGAGAGGAAGAAGUUCAAGGAGGAUCUAGAGGCGGCGCAGAAGAAGCACAAGGAUCACAAACCCCUGCAUCAUCCCGUUACUAAGCAACAACUGGAGGAAGUGUGGGAGAAGCAGGAUCACAUGGAGCUUCAAGACUUUAAUCCCAAGACAUUCUUCCACCUUCACGAUCUUGACGGUAAUGGCUUCUGGGAUCAGAAUGAGGUGAAGGCCCUGUUCCUGAAGGAAUUGGAUAAGCUUUACAGCGAGGGUGCUCCCGGAUCCGAUAUCUACGAAAGACGCGAAGAGAUGGAAAGAAUGAGGGAACACGUGUUCAACGAAGCCGACCUCAAUCGUGACGGUCUCAUCAGUUAUCAAGAAUUCCUGGAACAAACGAAGAAGCCCGAUUUCGAGCAGGACGACGGAUGGCAGGGAAUCGACGAGCAACAGAUUUACUCGGAGCAAGAAUACAAGGCUUACGAGAAACUCAGGCAAGAGGAGAUCCAGAAAAUGGUCGCCAAGGGAAUGUUACCACCACCCCCUGACACUGCACAUCUACCCGUCCAACACGAACAGUUCCCACCGCAGUAUCAGCAACAACAGUAUCAGCCCCAGCAGUAUCAUCCGCAACAGAUGCAUCCUUCGCAGCAACAGUAUCCAGGACAGAUGCCACCACAGCAGUACCAGGGUAAUGUUGGGCACCAACAACCGCAUCAACCACAGAUGCCACCGCAGCAGCAGCAGCAGCAGCUUUAUCAGCCUCAUGUUCCACCGCAACAACAUUAUCAAGAUCAGAUCCCGCAGCAACAUCAGUAUCAAGUGCCAGUGCCAGUGGAACAGCAGCAGCCUCAGCAGGUUCACCAACAAUACCAGAGUCAACUUCAGCACCAGAAUCAACCUCCUCAGCAGCUAUCGCAACAACAACUCCAGGGACAGCCUCAGCAGGUUCAGCAGCAACCACAAAUACAGAGUCAAGUACCACAACAUACUCAAAGUAACGCCUCGAGCAGUCAAGCAUUCGCGCAAGGCAGCCACAAUCUCCCGGAGCAAUACGAAUCGCACCCUGCUCGGUCGGUGAUCAACCAGAACAGUAUACCGAGUACGAAGAAGACGUAGAUGACGCGAAUUGUUUUCCCGCAAGUGAUGCAGUAUGCGCGAUAUGUGCGCCAAAUGCUGUAACACAGGAUGGAAAGAAAGAUGCGAGAUCCCGUACGAACGUCAAGAAGUUAGGAACAAGUCCUGAUGCACUUCUUAUUACGGAAACAAUUCAUUGCAAACCUGAAGAGGAUGAAGGAGAGACGAUGUUCUUGGUUCUACGAAACACCCUUCCGCGCAUACUCCGUCCAGCGAGCGAACAUUAUAGGAGCGGAUGAGAACUCGUCCGUUCUGCGCGGAUCCUGUCCCUGGAGAGCACGCGAUAUGUCGAGAUUAUUUCAGUUUUCAGUUCAGUUUUCUGAGACAACAGAGUAGCGCGGCGCUACCCACUGUGCUCACCCGCCUGCGCGUAGACCGAUACCCGAUUCUCUCGCUGGACGCAGUAUAGACGUCGUACAUGUUUUUGUAGAAUUUGUUUUAUUUAACAAGACUUUUUCUGCAAGAUCUAUCAAUGAGAUUUGGACUUUCUGUGAAAUUUGUUCAUAGUUUUUGUAAGCCUACGAAAGCUGUGUAGCUUAAAAAUAUAAAUUAAUUAUUAAUAAUGAAAUAAUUUAUGUAACGUUGCAACAAUUUGCAAUAAUGACUAAUAUUAUUGCAAUUGUUGCAAUUAUUGCUAAUUACUGCAAUAAUGAUUUUAUGUACACGACUAUGUGCGUUUUAUCCUUAAAAUACUAAAUACCAUGCAAUUCUUUGAUGAUAAUUAUUUUAUAUGAAUAUUCUCAAUGUUAAAAAUAAUUACGCUGAAUGAAUUCAACACUGAAAUAAUUCAGUGAUGUUUAGUAUUUCAAAAAUACACUUGUUGUAUACUUAAAAUCAUUACUCCAAUAAUUCGCAAUAAGUGCAAUAAUUGUAAAAACAAUAUGGUAAAUGUUAUCGAUGUUAAAAAUUAUUCUUAUUUCUUGAUUUGAUUUUAUUUGAGAAAUUAUAAUUAUUUAUGUUAUAAGUGUUUUAUGCUGAAUAAAUGUUUUCCGAAACAGAA